GUUAAAUCUUCACUAGUAUUCAAUACUAAUAAAUGCUUAUAAAAAAGUCAACGGGGUUUUAAAAAGUUUUUUCUUCAUUUUGAAAUCAAUGUUUACUGAGUGGAAGAAUUGUGGUUGGGGUUCGAAAGACUAGAGACACAACCUUGUACUAUUGACAAAAAUAGCUAGAGGGAGUCAAGCUGAUGACCCUCCAUCUUCUACGGUCGUUUUAUCAGUGGUGAGUUGUUGUAUCCCUGGAUGUGACGUCGAAAUUAUAACGAAAAGAAUCAUGGAUUACACACGAAAUUAUCAUAGCAUACCGAACGAUAUGAAUCGAUAUAAAAUGGAAACAAACAGCGAGUUUGGUAUACGUAAAACUAUUUUGGUUUUGGGAGUUGUAGCCAUAUGUUUUGCUCUGUUGUGGCCGAAACUUUUUUCUCCUAUGCUGAAUUCGUCUGUCAAACCUCUAAAUCCUGAGUUUCAAGGAUCUGUAUGCUGCGAUUUAAUAUUUGAGCCUGAUGUCAACGCAGUGGAUAUUUUACAAGAAAUGUGUAAGAAUAUCUUAACUCAUCAUCAAGUUGAUCCUCGAGUAAGAGAUGCCUUACGAACCAAUAAAUUAACGCCACAAAGUGCAAGUUUUUGUCGAGAAGAAGUUUUAUCCCGAUGCGGAAUAGAUUUAUCAACAUUUUUAGCUGAAAAAGAACGAGUGGGAAAGUCUAACAAACAAAUUCUUGAAGAAAUUAGAUCAUUCAAUGGUUCAUUAUGCCUUAAAAACAACUUUGGAGUACCCUUAUCACGAUUAGGCAUUCCACAUCUCAUAAGAUAUCAUGUAUUAAUGCCACAUACACAAAUUAAACAAGAAAGGCGUCCACCUUCUCAUGCUGGAGGAUUACAUCCAGCAUUGAGAGAACGUGGGCAAGCGAUUCCUGCAUCCCAUGUUGUUCCAAAAAUUGAGAAUAGACAAGAGACUACAAUUCUUCAGAAUAUGAGACCACCAAUGGGCGGAGCAGGACGUGUGGUUCCUCCUCAAGCGGGAAGUGGAAGUAUGGGAAUUAUUAUGCCUCUUUAUACCUUUGGGAUUCUUAUAUUCUUCAUUUACACUAUAGCUAAGAUUGUACGGAAAAAUUCUAAUAAUGUAAUAUAUGCUGAAUAUUCACAUCCAGAAGCUGAAAGAGAAUUUAGAGAUCGAGUUUUUAAUCCAGAAUUAUUAACAACAGCUAUAACGGGUAUGCCAUAUUAUAAUAAGGAAUCAUCACCAAUACCAAAUAAACGUGCACCAACUAUUGACGAACUGAAACAACAAGAUCCUGGAGAGAUAGAGGUAGAUCAACUGAUUCAACGUUUGGCGGAUACAGAGGCAGCAAUGGAAAGAAUUGUCGUGCAAAUGGGCAACUUAUCUCGUACUGUUGUCCAUAAUUCGAGUUCACAACCAGAGACACAGGGAGAAUGCACGGGUAAAAGUUGUUGCAAUAUCGACAAACAUGAAGUUGAAGAUACUGAUGAUUCAUCGCCUACUGUUUUAAUUAUGGGUAUGGAAACGACUGCAAGCUGUGAAGGAGGGCAAAAAAUAAGUCGACCAUCAACACCCGUCAUUUCUCAUUCACCAAACUUGAUAGAACGUGAACCAACACCACCGAAACCAAUUUACUUGGAAGGAGCGUUACCCGCACAAUGUGAGCUACUUGUGACAGAUUCAGAAACGCAGGCGGAGAAUACUCAAGAGAAUGCCGAAGCUCCAGUAGUCCUAUCAGGCAAAAUGACAUUGUCACUCAUCAGCCUCGAAAAUUCUGCAGACUCAGAAGACGCAAAAGGAGAAGUUCACUGUCAAGAAAAACCAGAAAUUUUAUCAGAAACAAAUGAAUUGGAAGAAAUUAGUCGGACUGAUGUAAGAACUGAUAAAGAUGUAGAUUACAAUGUUGAUAGCAUAAAAAUACCUGAAAGUAGACAAAUAGAAGAUAAUGAAGAUAAUAUUAAUAACUCAAAAACAGACAAGAAUGUUCAUGAUUUUGAUGGCAAUAUAAUUCGAGAUAAUGAAAACGAAGAGGAGGAAGAAGAGGAAGAAGAAGAUGAUGUUGAUGAAGAUAAUGAUUAUCAAGAUGAAGAAGAAGAAGUCAUUGAAAAUAAACAAAGUGGUAUCGAAGACAAUAGUGAAGAAAAAUUAUCAAAUACUAGUCAAUAAAUGUCCAAUAUUGGUCUAAAAAACGAAAUUUAAUUUAAUACUGAUGUUUGUUGAAAGAAUUUAGAAAAUUACGAAUUUUGUGCAUUAUGUCACUUACUUUUGUACAAAUUAAUAAUAAUUUAAAGGAAAUAAUAAUAUAUAUGCGUAAUGAAACUUCAUAAGAAAUAUCGACGAUAGAUCAUUAAUUAAUAAUUAUACAAGUAUUGAAGAAAAGAAAAAUUGCUAUUGCAUGUCAUGGGUAACAUUUAUUAAAAAAAUCAUCUUUGUUAACCAAAUAGAACGAAUUACCAUAAGUGUAGCAAUUAAUUGUAACGUAAGUUCAUAUUGUUGUAUACUGUUUAAUGUAUUGAUUCCCAUGUUUUAAGGUCUUUUAACUAUUGUUAUCAACAUGCAAAUCGUCAUUGAUAUUGAUGAAGAUUAAUAAAAAUAUUACGAUAUAAUAAA